AUGGAUAAAGAGGAAACUAUUUUUCAAGAAAUGUCUGACGAAGAGAUUAUAAAAGAGAUUUCUAGUUAUACAACAAUAAAUCAGGAAGAUGACGACGUAGUAAUUGCAACUACUCCGCAAGUGAAAGCACAAGAUGCAAUUGACGCCUUUGAGCUGGGUUUGGGAUGGCAAUGGGCUGAAGAAAAUGGUGCAUCCUACAACGAACUUCUACUUUUGAGAAGACUGAGGGACAAAGCUUUAAUCUCGCGUUUCAACAAUGUUAAACAAAAAAAAUUGAUGAAUAUUUUCAUGCUUCUUAAUUUGAUUGAUUCAUAG